AUGCCCUCCAACUUCACCGAGUAUGCAUCAAAUCAGGAUCCACCACGAGGCAUCAUGUACAAUAUGUAUGACAGUUCAGAUUCGGAAGCAUCUAUAGAACGGUUGCCUAUAAACAGGAAAAAAGUUUCAAAAUUAACGAAAGAGCAAAAGGAAAAGAAUUCAAAGCUUUGGGCAGAAAUCAAAGAAAUAGACAAACAACGGAAUCCGAGACCAGGAAAAAAGGCCGAUAGAAGGUUUGUCGCAGCUCCGAGUAAGAUUUUGGAAGGAGACACUCCGAUACGCCCAUUCACCGAAGAACUGCUCUGGCACGAUGGAAAUGUAUCAGGAACCGCUGCACAGAUUUUUGAAAUGGUGUAUCCAAAUAGAAGACUCGCCGGUCAUAUACCAUGGAGGGACGGAAACUUCUCGGCUCCCGCUAAUCAUUGUGAUUUUCUCGAACAGGCAAACCAAGAUAAACUUCGAACGUACAAAGGAGUACCUGAAGAAGUUAAAAAACAGAAGAAGUUCAAAGAAAUAUUAGAGAACGUUCAAGAAGUACUGUGGAUUAUCCACUACAAUCGGGUCGAUGCGAGUUUAGAAAGAACAUUCAAUCUCAUGAUCCAGAAGUUCAUGUGUCGGUUCGACGAAAACCGCCGAUUGAAGCUAAUUACCAUAACCGACUUAUCGUUGGCUUGGAAUAGAAACAUAUCAGCUGAAAACGCGUCCAUAAUGUGUCAAAGAGAAAAAGACUGGGAGUUAAGACCAGUUUUUGUUGACGGACUGGCAUUUACUCAAGUGUUGCUUCCCUCCACCGAUUCAAAACCGCCCAAACUCCCCAUCAGGGCUCUUGUCGAGAUACUCUUACAUUUCAUUCUAGACGGCCAUGAAACAGUUUUAUAUCUGCCUGAAAUUUAUCAAAAGUCGGCAGACCUAUCUGACAACAUUGAAAACAUCCAUGCUUUGUCUGACAUGAAUCUUGUCCGAUUUGUGGAUACGGCUAACGUAGAAUCUUUGGAAUCAUUUGUACUACAAAAAGCCGAAGAUAAUUACGGUAUUGUUGUUUCGCCAUGCCAAGAUCUCCCCACCCAUCAUUCCGUCCAAUGCUACCCAACUGUGUAUAGAUACUCUCCAAAAGUAGAAGAAUUUAUGCUUACGACAAUUUUCAAAAAGUGCUCCAUUUCAACACCCGUCGUUGAGAAAACCAAUACAAAGAUUCAGAAAAAUAAUGCUGAUUUUGAUCUCGAAACAAUUCAAAAAUUCAAAACAACUAUGUUAAUUACUGAUGAAAUUUUCGAGUGGGAGGACUCAUUUGAAACAGAUAUCUCCGAGAACGAGGCAGACAUCUCUCCGGAUGAAGAAAAAUCAGACAUUCCAACAUUCACUGCGAUACCCAGCAAAGAUUCUGGCGUGGAUGUUGAUUGUUCAACUUCUGGUAAUCUGAACGAGCACGAGUCUACCACUCCCGAAACUUUAUCAAACAUUUCAAGCGGUUCGGAAGAGUUUCAAUGUUACCAAACGUUUUCUAUGAAGUGUCGUCUGCACUCCGAUUCCGAAAAGAGAAAAUUUGAUACUUUCUCCAACCAAUUGACUCUGAAACGUCAAGUGUUAUUGGUAUUUAGUGAUGAUAUUUCGAUGUUUCUCUACAAAUCUGAAAAUUAUAUUUCAGGUAUGUUCGUUCCUCCGCCUAUCUGUGUUCCAUUUUCAACGGAGACGACAAAUUCAUCCGCCAUUUGCCGGAGUUAUUACCGACCUUCAUGCAAAAAUCCAUGCUCGACGUCAUUGGACCUACUAUCAGUAGCAUCAAAAGUUGAGAAACUAUAA